GACCUUCUCCCCACCUUCUCUUUACUCCUCACUCUCCUCCCUCGGCUUUCUCCUCUGUCCUCAUACCAACUCUACACUAUAAUCUCCGUUUGUUCCAAACUUUCGUACAGGCAUUGAAUCACCAUGGCUGCUGCUCAAGGCUACCCUCUUCUCUGCUUAGAGAACCCCCUCUUGGAUAUCCAAGCUGUCGGUGAUGCUGCUCUUCUAGAGAAGUACGGACUUAAGGACAACGAUGCUAUCCUCGCCGAGGAUAAGCACAUGGGUCUCUAUGAGGAGCUGCUCAAGAAUGAUGCCAAGUUGAUUGCCGGUGGUGCCGCUCAGAACACUGCUCGUGGCGCUCAGUACAUUCUUCCUGAAAACUCGACCCUUUACAUCGGCUGCGUCGGCCGCGACAAGUAUGCUGAUAUCCUCACCGAGGCCUGCAAGAAGGCUGGUGUCCACACGGAAUACCGUGUCGACGAUGUCCAGCCCACUGGCAAGUGCGGUGUCAUCAUCACCGGCCACAACCGCAGCAUGUGCACUCAUCUUGCUGCCGCUAACGAGUACAAAAUUGAGCAUCUCAAGCAGCCUCACAUCUGGUCUCUCGUUGAGAAGGCCCAGUUCUACUACGUUGGUGGUUACCACCUGACGGUCUCUGUUCCCGCCAUCCAGGCUCUGGGUGAGGAGGCCGCUGCGAAGAACAAGACUUUCAUGCUUUCUCUCUCCGCGCCUUUCAUUCCUCAGUUCUUCAAGGACCAGCUCGACAGCGUCCUCCCUUACACCGACUACACCUUCUGCAACGAGACCGAGGCCCUUGCUUAUGCUGAGAGCCACCAAUGGGGCACCACCGACAUCGUUGAGAUUGCUAAGAAGCUGGCCCAACUUCCCAAGAAGAACACUAAUCGCCCGAGGGUUGCUGUUGUGACCCAAGGCACUCUGCCCACUGUCACUGCCACUGGCUCUUCCAGCGGUGCCGUCGAAGUCAAGGAAUUCCCCGUCCACGAGAUCGCCAAGGAUGCCAUCAACGACACCAACGGUGCUGGUGAUGCAUUCGCCGGUGGUUUCGCCGCUGGAGUCGUCCAAGGCAAGUCUCUUUCAGAGAGCAUUGACCUCGGCCAGUGGCUCGCGAAGCUGAGCAUUCAAGAGUUGGGACCUUCCUUCCCUUUCCCCAAGCAAACCUACACUCCCGAACGUUCCUAAACAGUUCUCUCAUGCCACACAUAACUCCCUCGCCCUAAAGCCAUAAAAUCCCGUUUCAUUUCUUAUUAUCUAGGAUUCAACCUUCUAUACCCACAUUGUCCUUGACUUAACGUCUUAGACUUGGCGCUGUCUAUUCCACUUACUUCACCGGUCAAGUGCGAAUCGCGCUCUUUUGCAUUACAUAUCAUGAUGAAAACGCGAUAGACAGGAGUUGCAGAGAAGGCGUUCUCAACAACGAUUUAAUGAUGAACUUAACUUCAUUGUAUUUCUUUUUUUUUACCAGAGAUUUAUCUUCAACAAUAUGUACCACGUUGGUUACGAUGCAUACUCCGUGUUCUACUUAAAAAAUACAUAAUUACUGG